UCAGAAAAGAUGGAGCAAGGAACUAGUCAAGCUACAGGUUGGCCCGGCCAGACUCAGAAUAUCGUCUUACCUGAAAUCCUUGGGCAGAUCCCAUGGGCUACGGAGCUCCGGUGCCUUAGACAUCGAUGGAAUACCAAUGAGGAGAUUGCAUCGUGGCUGAUCAGCUUUCACUGUCACGAACAAUGGCUCAACACCUCCACAAAAACAAGGCCUCAGAGUGGCUCGAUGAUCUUGUACAAUCGGAAGAAGGUACGAUAUCGGAGAGAUGGCUACAUCUGGAAGAAACGCAAAAACGAGAGAACAACACGGGUGGAUCAUAUGAAGCUUAAGAUACAAGGGGUCGAGUGUAUAUAUGGGAGUUAUGUUCACUCGGCUCUUAUACCAACAUUCCAUAGGAGAAGUUACUGGUUAUUACAGAACCCAGAUAUAGUCCUCGUUCAUUAUUUAAACAUCCCAAGUCUGAGCGAGGAAUGUUCCAAAAUGAACAACACAAUGUCCGUCAGCUCUAUUUUACCAACGUCCCUACCGACACCUCAAUCUCAGCUUGAUGCUAAGGGCUCUAAAGGCUGUAUCUGGCAGCAGGAAGAACUGUUACAACAAGUCAAACCCAUGUUUAUAGGGACUCAAGUACAACUGAACAGUGACAAGCUCACAACAGAGUCUGAAGUUGCUAACAUUGUUGUGCAAUAUCUACUUGAUCUACAAGAGCAACAGAACCAAGCUAAGAAACAAGAAUCAAUUGUGUUUACUUCAUUAACGGAGAGAGCUGGAACAUCAAGUAAAGGUUCACCAUCGAGCACUGUAGCAAGUCCACCCAGUGUAUGUAGUAUUCCCCAAUCCCCAAUGUCAAUCCUGAGUGACGCUUCAUCAAUCCAGCCUGUAACUGACUCUCAAUCAUUCAGCCAUUGCACAAACCAAGCAAGUACCUCAACAAAUGAACAGAACCAGGCUAGCCAUUUGCCUGAAGUGGACAUGACCACCUCAGCUCCUCUGCUCUUAUUCAAACUAACCAAUGAAGUCGAGAGCGCUGGUGUCCAGAGAAAUGUAGUUGGUUAUCCUCAAGGAAACGGCAUACCAGUUACCAUAUCUGAUGGUGGCGAUGUCAAAGGUCAAAUGUCAGUGGAUUUGACAGAGAGGUCACCUCAAAGACAGACAGAUGGUGUUUGUAUGCACUAUGAGCAACCUAUGAAUAGUCGGCCACUGAUCACUAAGAAGGAAUCAAUGAAGUUAAAAGCGUUGGUUGAGAGCGAUCCGAACUUGAAGACGUGUCGGAAUCGCUUUGAGAAUCAGCCUGGGAUUCAUCAGAAGGUGGUCCAGCUUCCCCCUUACAUCCCCCCGUCUACACGACCUGAUCCUACCCAUAGUGAGGACUCCGUCGUCCAACCAAUCGCAACGACAAACGAACCAAGCAGACCGCCAUCUUACGAUACUCACUUACAACGACAACGUUCGAGUGAACGCUUAGCGCCUCAGCCCGUGCCCGGAGUCGUGAACUCAACCCCUACAUCGGUCAUCUUUACCUCAGGCAUUCCGAACUCAGUUCCAACGUCUAAUUCAGGAAUAGUAUUUCAAGCUCACUCUUCGAAUCUCUUCACCAGUUUCCAACCAAGUUUGCCGGCAAACUUCCCCCCACCCCCACAAUUUCCCCCGCCCCCUCCAUACACCCUUGCGUCAAAUGCGGUCAUCGCCAGUACUGUAUUCAAAUUCAAUGCAACGCCUCUUAAUAACACUUUCCAAACUGAAGCCUUAACAAAUCAUUCUAACAUGAAACAGCCAUCUGCUACACAGACCUCAAUGAAGCAGACUGUUAACUAUAUGCAUCCAACUGCUGUUUCCGUACCUGCAUCUACAGCGGUGUUUGCUUCGCAGCCGUUAUUCAGACCUCUUGUAGUGGAGCCAGGUACCAGCCAAACUGUUACGAGUUCAACUCCAACAGACAAAAAUGAGAACCAGUUGUUCCGACCAAUCGCACAAUCCCUCAACACAGCCAUUCCUGCGAGCGCACAACACACCCAAGCGCAACUAUCGACGCAUCCAACCCAGCAGCUAACAUCGCAAUCUCAGCUCUCAUUCACUGGUAAUGAGACUAACCAAGUGCAAACAGCGCCACCUAGUGGUAACGAGUUUUCAAUCCAUGAUUUGGACAUCGAGCUGGAUUUUGACGCUGAGAUGUUUGAUAGCGCACUGGCAGAUAUAACACUGGAUAACUCACUACAAGUCAGCACCCCGGUACCAGACAACCAGCGAUCAGCAGAAGAACGAUUGACUGAUAGUCAAGUGACGUCUAGAUCAAUGGGUGAUACGGACGGUUUACUGUCUCUACAGCAAGGUACAUCGUUACCUGAGCACUGCCUGGAAGCAAUCACUGAGUUCUCGCCUGAUUGGUCCUACCCCGAGGGUGGUGUGAAGGUACUAGUGACAGGUCCAUGGCAUUCCUCUACAGCCAGUUACCAAUGUAUGUUUGAUAACUUUGGCGUUCCUGCAUCCCUCGUACAGACAGGUGUAUUGAGGUGCUACUGUCCAGCUCAUGAAGCUGGAGUUAUAGCUCUACAGGUUUUGUGUGAUGGUGUUGUCAUCUCCAAGUCGGCCAUCUUUGAAUACAAAGCUCGUAGCGCUCAGCAGAGACCGAACAGACAACAUGAAUGGCUCUCACUAGACGAGAACCAGUUCCAUGUUGCCAUCUUGGAUCGCUUGGAGCACAUUGAGAGACGAGUCGUCCUGACCAAUGCCCAAUCACAGGCCUCCAAACAGGGUUCAACGAGUAUUGGAAGUGACCAGCAAUUCUCCUUUGAGGAUCGUGUGGUGGCGCUUUGUCAGCGUUUCAUGCAGGGCCAAUGGGCUCCUGGAAGCUCUCAAUUAGGGGUGGAGUCUGUUUCAUAUAGAGGGAUGACGUUACUUCAUCUUGCAGCUGCCUUGGGAUUCAGUAAGCUCAUCAGUACACUCGUCACAUGGAGGAAAGAGAAGCACAGUCUCAUUCUUGAGAUGGAAGUAGAUCCGCUGAACAUCGAUCAUUUCUCAUGUACACCUCUGAUGUGGGCGGCAGCAUUGGGUCAUAAAGAAACAGCGAUGCUACUCUUUGUCUGGAGCCCCCAAGCUCUACAUGUCUGUGAUUCCCUCGGUCGUCUCCCUAUCGACAUGGCUAAGUCUCGCGGCCACACCGCCCUCGCUGAAUGUCUACAGCAUCUUGAGUUUGACGGGCCAGGGUUAUUCCCACUCUUCGGCACCCAGCCGAUUGAUAUCCCAAAGCGAUCCGAUCAAGUGCCAGCGUUUAUGUUAUCGUCGCCGUCAACAGCAACGCCGUCAUCGUCCGCCACGGCGCAUUCACCAACGGAAUUUGCCUCGCCCUACGAUUCCCCGUCGCCAUCCUCCGGGUGUAUGUCGCAACUCUCUGUAAGUCCAAUCUCUCAAGGGUUCCUUAGUCCGAGCACAUUCAAAGCUCACAGCCCAAGGGUGUCAGUCGGUAGUCAACCUCUCUUCGGACCGAGUCGUAAAUCAACCAGUGGCCUCUUCGGUGCGUUUGGUGAUUCGAUGGACGUUGAGUCAACAACGGAGGCUAAGAUGAGGAGGUCAUCCAGAGGUCAUGACCCCAGUAAGGGUUCACCGAUGCUGGAUGUUCAGCAGUUGCUGCGUGGCAUUGAAAACAUCCAAAGUCAUGAUGACGUUGGUCGUCUCUCCGAACAGGAACGAGACGACUUAAGGAGACACGCUGAAGAGCUUCGUAGAAUAGGAGCAGAGAUGGGAUUCAAUUUAGACCCCAUUCCCUUACAGACUCUAGGGCGGACCCCAGGGGAUGUCACAGGUCAUAAACCCGGACAGACACUGGCGUUCAACCCUGCACAGACUCGCGGAAACAUCCUGGGGCAGAAUGCAGCACUGGCUAGAGAGGCAUUCCAGCUGGGACAUCACUUGUGCCAUACCCCUGGUCAGAACCCUGGACAGAACCCUGGACAGAACCCUGGACAGAACCCUGGACAGAACCCUGGACAGAACCCUGGACAGACCCAGGGUCGUUGUGAUUCACCUAUGCAGACAGACUCCCAUCCAUUCGGUAUGGAUGUAGCAGGUGCUGCAGCCACCAUUAGCUGGAUUACAGAGAAAAACCAGAAGGAGCAGUACCUGAACCUAGCUGAGCAGAUCCUGAAUGCCCUCCCAGCUCGUAUAAAAGAUGGAAGAUUACCUCAGAAUAGAGAUCAUCAUGACGACUACAGCACAAUGGCGCCCUCUAUGGGAUUAUGUGGGUCAGGCUACGGAAUGGAUAUGUCUGGUGACCAAGACUCCCAUAGAUCUGGUCAUGAUGAGAGCUCAGCUGGUAGUACUUACAGUACAGACUCAUGCCUGCCCAGCCCGAGUAAUCUGAGUUUUGAGGAGGAGAGUUCUACGGCUGAUUGGUGCGAGUUUCUUCAAGGAGCGAGUAGCAGUCUUGGUAUGAUCGGAGCAUUCUCGCUUCUCACUCUCUCAGAUGAGGAGCAGAUGCAGUUAUAUCAAGCAGCGCUGGUCAUCCAGAAUGCAUUCAGACAAUACAAGGGUCGUCAACAGCAGAAACAACAAGAGUUGGAGGCAGCUGUGAUUAUCCAGAACUAUUACAGAAGAUAUAAACAGUAUAUUAUGUACAGCAAGAUGUCAGAGGCUGCCAAGAUCAUUCAGAGCCGUUUCCGUAGUUACAAUCACUAUCGUCAAUUCCAGCGUAGUCGUCGUGCUGCGAUUGUCAUUCAGAGCCAUUACCGUGGGUACCGGGCUCAGGAACAGUUCCGUAAAAGUCGGGAUGCUGCAAUUUUGAUUCAACAAAGAUUCAGGGAUAAACGCUUAGCUCGUCAAAAGCUUCAGCAGGAUGCGGCUCGUAAGAUUCAACGUUUCAUCCGAAGAUGUCAAAACAGGCAUUUCUGGAAUAUUCCAUCUGGACUCCGUUCUUUACGCCAGACUCGAGCCGAUGUGAAGCGCUUCUCUUGCAAGAAAGAUUGACGUUGACAGAUCACAUGAUCGGUCAUGUGAUCGAUCAUGUGGUACAGCAAGAGAGCUCAACUUAUUGUGCACCUUGAACGGGUAUGAAAACCUGUACAGUUUUUUCUAUUUUUAGAAACAUUUAAAAUUUUCAACCUUCAGACUACAGAGGGAGCCCUAUAGAAACAGCACCCUCUUGAGUUGGAUUUUGGUAGUUGAAAAGGUAUGUUCGAAAAUGGAUAGUUAAAGAAUUUCACAUGAAAUUGUAUUCAAAUUAUUUUACAUUUUUCAGGUUAUCACCAAAGUUUAUUAGAAUGAACAAUUAGCCUUUAACUUGUAGUAUAUUUGUACAUAAUGUAUAUAUAAUACUUCAGUUCUUUCAUAAUGCAAAGGUUUAAAUGAAAUGAUUGAUCGAUUUAAUGAGUUGAUCAAUUGAGUUGAUCGAUUGGUUAUUGAUUAAGUAAACUGUUUUAAAUACUUACCAGGGAUAAUCACAGUGUUGAUCAAGUGCUUAUUGAACCGGAAUCAGAAAUACUGCUUGUUGAUUGAUCUAUUGUUGAUUGAUUAUUAAUUUAUUGGUCAACUGAAUUCAAUAUUUACUUGAUCAAAACAAUAUAUUGAUAACCUGAUUGAUUGACGUGUUGAAAUGAUGAGCUGGUUUCUUAUCAAAGUGUUUUUGAAGAUUUUCCUAAUUGUUGGGAUUAAACUCUACGGACAAGCUAUAGACCCUCACUCAAGUUUGUCGGAAUCUUGGCUACGGCUGUGGCUGUUGCUAAGGGUGUUUCUAUGGUCCUCCUAUGCUCCAAUGCAUGUUGGCUUGACGAUCAAGCCACAGCCACUAGUUCAGACAUGGCCUUAGAACUAUAAAUGGUCUAGUUCACUGACUACUUUGCAAUCAUUACCAUGUUGGAAUCUGAAAGGCACCCACGUUUAAAACCAAAACAGGAGCAUUAUUCUAGCAUUUUUAUUUUGGAAGUGUUUCCAGCCAAAUCAAUGUUCAAUUCCAUGCCAAAGUUUGAGUGAUGGAUAUCGGACUAAAUGAGACUAUAUCACGCUAC